GCGAAAAAAAAAUUAUGAGUGGAGAACUUUUGUGACAGUUGUAAAGUUGUAAAACCAUCAAAGGGAUGAAAUCAUAACUUCGUAGAAUAUUUAUGCAGACAUAGUCCAAAUGUAAAGCUAUCUGCAUGCCUGAGGAGAGGCACUGGCUGGAUAUCAUAUUCAGUAGGAAUCAGGCCACAGAAAAUAUUCAGCCAACCCAAACGUGAUACAAGAUGGGUAAAACUCAGAGGCCAAAGAGUACAAGUACAUCCAGCAGCAAGACAUCUGGGACCACAGCCAGUGGCAGUGUGCCAUACACAGAUUCUCUGAGAUCACAGUGCAGUAGUCUAGAGGAUGCUUUAGUGCAAGAAUACAUUAAAGAGAUCAAUAGAGGUUCCCCAUCUACAUCACAGCGAUUGCCGAGAAAAUGUAGAUCGCCAUAUAAAAUGGGAAACCGUAUGCGUAUGCAAAGUGGAAAACCAUCUUUCCGAUCUACAGUUGGAUUUCAUACUUGCCCACAGAGCAGACGAGCAAGAUUUCAAAACUCAUUUGAAAGCUGCAGCAAGAUUUCAGCCUGUAAAAGCAAUAUUUCAACUCAUAAAAUGAAAUGCAGACUUCGGCUCCCAAGGAUCAAAAGAUGCUUGAGUGCUCCCCCUGGAACAAUUAGGAAGGUACAUUCUUCAUUUUCUUCAAGGAUGCUGACAGCUCAUAGAGAUGGCAAACAAAAGCCACUCUUUAAACGUCAGGAGUGGAUCAUAAAAGUGACAGCCUUCAAGAAUGGGACACAUAAUAACCCUACAAAAAUUGCAGUACCUAGCAUCAAAAUGUUACUGGAGGAGUGCACAAUAAAACUCGACCUGAACUCAGCGGCACGGAGAGUAUUUCUUGCAAAUGGCCGAGAAGCAUUUGAGUCAAAGGACAUUCCUCAUAACGUUGACGUUUAUAUUUCAAAUGGCGAACCGUUUAUGGAUCCAUUUAAAAACAUGAAAGACCAUCUGCUCUUGACCAAAAGGGUGAGUUGGACUAUGAAAGGGGUAGUGCUUCCUGUUGACAAGCAGCAUGGCAAGACAAAGCCUAUUCUCUCAAACCGUCUGAAGAAACUCACUGAAAAUGGUUCUGUCAGAAUCCUGGUUUUUAGAAAUGGUACAGGGCAGGAUGGGUAUGAAAUCAUCACACCACUGGAGGAAAAACAACAGUUUUUAGACCAAUGCACUCUAAAGAUCAAAUUAGCAUCCCCAGUAAGGAUGUUGUAUGACUGGCAAGGAAAUCGAAUCUCUGACCUCAGAACAGUUCCAUUGCUCGACAAAUGCCUGCAGAAUUCCUUCACACCUCUGCGUGGACCUGUCUGGGUCUCCAAAGGGGAAGGGUUCAUUCCGUCAGGAGCUAAGGCAUACAUCCAGGGAAUCAUAUGGGCUAUAAAUCAAAAGCUGAAGCCUGCAUGGAAUUACAGUAAGCAGGUAUAUCAUGCCUUGAAUGGAUGCACAGGAAAGGUCACACACAAAAGCCUCCUCUCUACGACUACAGGAGAACUGUAUAAAAUAAGUGAAAAUCUGGACAACUUGAUUGAUGAACUGCGAGCUACUAUCAAGAAAUAUAAUAGCCAGCUCAGCAAACUCAGCCCACAAUUACAAGCUGAAAAGGGACAUUGCAGUGGCUUUGUGACACAGCACAUUAAAAAGCUUCCAACAAACAGCACUCUCUCAAAAGGUCUGCAGAUAAAAGUGUAUCGAAAUGGUCUGGACACAGGAGAGGUCGUCAUGUAUAUUAACAUGAAGAGCAUUGAUAAAGACACUGGCAAUGACAAAUUUAUGAUGGAUAAGUUUCUUCAAAUGAUUCGCCAAAGGCUCCAGUAUUCACCAGGGCACCAUGCUUCAGGGCUCAAUCUUUGUCCAACCAGGUUGUUUGAUGAAAAUGGACAAGAAAUAAAAAAUCCACACUCCCUUGAAAAUGGUCAGAAGGUUUGGGUAUCUUACGGAGAGGAAUACAGGACCAUCAGCAAACCUUUUCUUUGUGUGAAGUUUGACCGGGUACGAGGAUAUAUGGACCAGGAUCAGAAGAUGGUUUACAAAACUCCUUUGGAAUAUGAUGGGCCCUUAACUGGUUUGGAAAAGUGGGAGGCUUGGGAAGUGUGCGCGGGGUUCCCUGAAGAUUAUAACUGGAUACAAAUGAAUCAACCCUCACAUGAAAAAGUGAACAUGAUAAAUAAACAUCACUUUCUUCAAUUAAAGAAAGACACCCAACUAGUCAUAUAUCCUUCGAUCACUGUGGAAAACAGGAAUGAGAAUACUACUUCUAUUACAGUGGAAGAAAAGAAAUCCAAGACUUCAAUGGGAGUGUCAAAAUGGUUUUCAUCCCACAUUUGGGUUAUCGCAAAGGCUGGAAUGAUCUUGUGUCGUGCUCACCCUCAACUUUGCCUCGCUGUUAGUGACCAACAAAUCAUCUUGAAGAAUGACGACUGUCUGAAUUUGAAGGGAUACACAUUAGUUGUGCAGAAAAGAAUGAAGCAGAGUCCGCAACAACAGUGGACGUUUAAUCCAGCUGGUAACAUUAACUCAAUGGUUGGUGUUUUGUUUGUUGCAUUGAAGUAA